AUGCUGCUGCAGUCAGAGAAGGACCUGAGCUGCACCCUGUGCGCCGACAUCUUCAGGGAUCCCGUGAAGCUGGAAUGCAGCCACAGCUUCUGCAGGGACUGUCUGCAGGCAGAGUGGGCCGGGAAACCAGCACGGCUCUGCCCGCUCUGCAAGGAGAUAUCCCUGCUGAGAGAUCCACCGCGUAACCUGAUGAUGAAGAACCUGUGCUUCGCCUUCACCCUGGGGAGAGGCCAGAGAGCCCCCGCAGGAUGCCGGGACCUCUGCAGUCUGCACGCCGAGAAGCUCACGCUCUUCUGCCUGGACCACCAGGAGCCCGUUUGCCUCGUCUGCAGAGAUUCAGAGAAACACGCCAAGCACAGCUUCAGGCCCGUCGAGGAAGCCGUGCAGGAGCAGAGGGUCGAGCUGCAGAGCCACCUGACGCCCCUGAAGGAGAACCUGGAGCAGCUCCAACGCGUCAGGGAGAGCUGCGACGAAGCGGCGGCGCACAUCAAGGUCCAGGCUCAAAGGACGGAGGUGCAGAUCAGAGAUCAGAUCGAGAAGCUUCAUCAGUUCCUGCAGGAGGAAGAGGAGGCCAGGAUCUCAGCUCUGAGGGAGGAAGAGGAGCAGAAGAGUCGGGCGAUGAGGGAGAAGACGGAGCGUCUGAGCGAGAGCAUCGAGGCUCUUUCAGAAACGGUCGCAGCGACAGAGGAAGAGUUCAACAGAUCUGAGGGAACGUCGCUGCUGCCAAACUACAGGAGAGCGAAGGAACGAGUCCAGCAGCGCCCCCUGCUGGACGCUCCCCAGCCACCCUCAGGUGCCCUGAUAGAUGAAGCCAAACAUCUGGGCAACCUGAGCUACAACAUCUGGACCAGGAUGAAGGCCACGGUGUCGUUCUCGGCGGUGACUCUGGACCCGAACACGGCUGAACCACACCUCAGCGUGUCCGCAGACCUCCGCGCUGUGACCUUUGGCCCCAGACAGGAGCUUCCCGACAACCCAGAGAGGUUUGAGCAGCGCCACUGCGUCGUCAGCCGGGACGGCUUCAGCUCCGGGGCUCACUGCUGGGACGUGGAGGUGAGCGGCGAGGAGUUCUGGGGCCUGGGCGUCUUGUCGGAGUCGGUUCCCAGAAAGAGGCGAACGCCGGCCGGGUUCUGGGGAAUUUGCCUCUGCGACGGCAGCUACGCAGCAAUCUCCCGUGAAGUCCCCAGCAAAGCUCUCCCAGUGACGAAGCUCCGGAGGGUCAGAGUCCGGCUGGACUGGGACGAAGGGGAGGUUUCGUUUGUCGACCUGGAGACCAACGACCACAUCCACACCUUCAGACACACGUUCACAGAGAAGCUGUUUGCCUACAUCUGCACCAAGAACCAGAGUCCAAUGAAGAUACUGCCAGCAGAAAAAUUACCUGAUUAACUGUUUUAGACAGUUAAUAACCAGAAACAGGCAGAUAACGCUGUCUGAAUUGGGUAAAAAUUACCUGUCGCUUAUACUUAAAAGAAAAAGUCUGGGUCAAUUAUUUAUUUGUUAUAACAAUGCUUCUUGGCAACAAAUCUGAUACCAUUGCCACGUUUGUAAGAAAAACACCUUUACAGGUGAGCUGAACCUGGCCAAAUCCUCUGCUACUGACGCUCGGUCGGUGUUUGAGCCCAGUUUAUAGCAGCUGUU